AACGCAACAUUGCGAGGUCUCGUUGGUUAACCCCGCUAGCCCGGUUUGUCAUGGGGUCAAUCACAGAGCUUGAUCGAUGCCCGAAGGCCCACCGUUUUUCCAUAAGCCCUCCCCUGGCAUUCAACCGGCGAAUCGCCUAAUCCAUCGCCGGUCUCCCUUUGGCUGACCUGGCCUUGGACGCGGAGCGAGUGCCGUUUUCGCCAUGAUCAAGCUCGGUCUUGGCCGCAUAAGCCAGCUGGCCAACCUCAACAGCCAGCAUCUUUGGAAGACAGUCCACGUCGCGGGAACAAACGGGAAGGGCUCAAUAUGCGCAUACAUUUCACGUCUCCUGCGCCUUCACGAGUCGCUCAAGGUGGGCGAGUUCACAUCGCCGGCACUCAUAGACUCGUGGGAUGGUAUCAAGCUGCAGGGCAGGCCCAUAAGCGAGCAGACAUUCACCAAGGCAUGGAAGGCAGUCGGCCUAGCAGAUACCGAAAAGAAUGUCCAGGCAACUGAGUUUGAGAGGAUGACGGCGGCCGCCAUCGAGGUCUUCCAAGAGGAGCUCGUCGACUACGCCGUCGUCGAGGCUGGCCUGGGCGGCGCUACCGACGCCACCAACGUCCUGGACAACAAGGCCGUCACGGUCAUCUCCAUGAUCGGCCUGGACCACCAGCAGCUCCUCGGAGACACGAUCCAGGAGAUCGCGCUGAACAAGGCCGGCAUCAUGCGCAAGGGGGUCCCCUGCGUCGUCGACGUCCGCAACCCGCCCGAGGUCAAGGAGGUGCUCCAGCGUCACGCGCGCGAGGUCGGCACUGAAAUCACCAUCUCGAAGGUGCCGCUAAGCCUGGUGUGGAGGCUCGUGAAGAUGGGUGUGCCGGGGCACAAGAUUGGGAACAUGGCCUGCGCUAUUUACGCCUACUACCUACUCCAGGGACAGCAGCCCUCGUCUCAGCCGGCGUCCCCGCUGCGACUGCUGCGAAGCAUCCAGAACAUGACGGUUCCCGGCAGGCUUCAGAAGAUAAACCUCGGGGCGCUGGCGACGCAUGGAGCCAGGGCCGAGGCUCUGCUGGAUGGCGCACACAACGUCGAGUCUGCAAAAGUGCUUGCCGGCUAUGUUAACCGGUGCCUGCGCGGGCCCAAAAAUCUCGAUGCUGUCACCUGGGUGCUAUCCAUGAGCGCCGGGAAGGACCACGAUGCUAUCAUCAAGACAAUACUGCGUCCGCAGGAUCACGUCAUCGCCACCGAGUUUGGCGAGCUGCCGGACAUGCCCUGGGUGAAGCCGGAAGCGGCUGCUAAUAUCCUCACACUUGCCGAUCGGCCAGGGUUUGAGGGUUCCAGGCUGUGUGAGCUCAACCCGGUCAAGGCUGUUCAGAUAGCCUUGUCGAGAAAAGAGCAGGUUGUGAUUGCGGGCAGUUUGUAUCUUGUCAGGCAUCUUCUCCGCGAGCUUCGCACACUGAGCAAAGACGACCAAUGACGGCAGCCUAGAUACAUGCAUACUAUCACUUCUCAACACUUUCCAUGCUGGAGCGACAUUGACAUGGAUGCGACCUCAUGCAUGCAGCGGUGCCUAUAAAAUAG